UUUAGAAAAGAAUCGACAUGUCGCUUGGGUUCAAGAUAUAUAAUUCGGUUCCCUUCCGGAAUGGUGAUAGUCACGACUUGUUGUAGAUCCUUUGUUCCAUCGUCAUUCAACGAACAACAGCCAUUCGCAUCUUGUUUCGCUGGGCUUGAUUGAUUUUUCUCUUUCUUCAUCAUCAAUCCCCCAGUUUUCAAACAAGCUCACCAAGGGCUAUAAUCCAGCGAUUUCUCGUUCAGCCCUACGCACCCAUCACCCCAACAACCUUUUUUUCCAGAGGCCAACACACGCACACCACCAACCAUGGCCCACCACAACAUCGGCGAGCACUCGCCCUUCCUCAAGCGCGUCCUGGUCCCGUUUUGGGUGAUUAGGAUAAUCAUCAUGGGGAUCAACAUUGCCUCCAUGGGGAUAGCAAUCGCGGCCCUUGCCUACGUCAACAGCAAUCGCGACAGGUACAGCAACGAGCUGGAAGAGCUCAAGUCGAACUACAACGUGCAGCAGGCCCUCAGCGUCGCCAUCGUCAUCCUCGUGGUGCAAAUGGUCCUCGUCCUCAUCUGCCUGGCUGGCGACAUUGCCUGCAUCAUCAAGCGCUCCCGCCGCACCUUGACCCCCAAGUUCUUCCUGGGAGUCAACAUCUUUCAGUCCCUCUUUUGGGUUGUCAGCUUCAUCCUGAGCAUGUUGGGCGCCAGGACCGUCGUCUCCAUCGUCAUCAACAUUGUUGUCUUGUUUUCUUUCGUCGGUCUUCUCAUCUACGCCUCCAUCAUCUUCCACAAGGAGCGCACCGGAAAGCUGCCCAGCCCGCUCGAGAGCCACCAGAUGCUCGGCAAGAACAACGUCGAGACCGGCUACUACCAGCAGACUAGUCCGCAGCCCCAGUACACUGGGACUAGCUACAGCCCACAGCCCCAGUACGCUGGAACUACUGCGCCCCACGCCAACCAGUAGGGCUACUAAAGAAAAGCUCCUGCUGAACGCUGGCGUGGGCCUGAGGCGAUGAGGACCGACCAGGCCUUGUUCUGCAGGAGCUGGAAAUGACUUUUCACGACAUGUUGUUAUUAUUAGAGAUUGUUUCGCUGUUUCACUUUCCGUCUUUCUUUCCCAUUCUAUUGCUCUCAAAAAGCGAGCAUUGAUGGUGUUUCCCGCUCGUGCCGAGGUCAUGUUUUGUUGGCAUGAGCGACUAUUAAAGAUACCCCAUGAGGAUAACCACAAGUUAAUCUUACCAAGAGAAAAAGAUGUUUCUUGCCACAAAAUCACAAUAGCCAUUGCUGUUUUGUCAAACCUUUGCCUGCUGGAAAGUGCAUCGCUCGGCCCAAACGUCAUCUGGCUCCUCCGUGCCGGGUUCGCCGUGGAUGCAAUGAAGCUAUAGGGGCAGAGACUGCACAUAUUUUGCACCGCCAUAUCCGCAUCCCACUGCACGCCCGUUGUAACCUGUUCCCGGCUGCAUCUUCUACCAAGCUCUACUCCAUCUUCUCGAAUUCCAUGCUCGACCACUCCGGUACAUCCUCCCACCUCUCCUUCAGCGACUUCCCCGUCAGCUUCCUCGCACCAUUCGCUUCCGAGGAGAUGGCAAACGCCUUGGUGAUCAACACGACCACGGGCUCCCUGCUUGCAGACGCCUCUCCUCCAACGUCGAUUUCAUGAUCCACCGCCGGUAUCAUGGUCCGCUGACAGGCCAGGUUCGUGUUGGAGUCUGGCUUGAGCGGAUAGCACCUCGUCCUGUUCCCGUCCAGCAGCGUCUCGGUCCGGAUCCCGCUCGCCCCCGCGCUGGAAAGCACCAAGACUCCAUCAUGUGCCCUGAUGAUCCCUUCCGCAGUCCCAACCUCGGCGUCGCCAGCCAAAGUCUCCAGAUCGGGGACUUGUUUACCAUCCUUCACCCUCCUGUUCCCAAUGGCGAAACCACCCUCCACAGUCCUCAGCCCAUCCCUCACCAACACCCCGUCGUCCAAAAACACCUCAUGCACCCUGACAUGCCAGUCGGGCCACCUCCCUGUCGGCGGCACCAAGGUCGUCUUGAUCCUGACGCCCAAGUCCCCCCAGGGCCACCACUCCGCCCUGGCAGCCACAACCUCGUCUCGGUCAGUGCCCGUCCCCACCACACCCUUGACCAGCUCCCCCUCGCUGCACCACCGCCACUUGACCGCCCACGUCUCUCCUGCAUCCCUGCUUAACGCCAGGCAGCUGUCGGGCGCGAUCUGCUGGAUCAGCGGGCCGGUGGGGACGGAAAAGGCAAACGCCGACGAGUAGGCAAACUUGCAGUACUUGGCCUGCGUGGCCUUCAUCGGCCACGCGACAAACUGCCCCGCCGAAAGCAGGAAGUGGUGAUUUCCGGCCGGGUGGUUGCACAGGAUCUGGCCGGGCGCCGGGACCGCCUGCACGGGCUGCGACGUGAGCAGCUCGGACGGAAAGGCGGCCUCGUCGGAGAGCCAAAAUGGAUCGGAGGCGGGCAGGGCGAUGGCGAUGAGGGUCUUGAGCGCCCAGUAGGGCGACUGUGGGGAGUUGUAGUCCUCGCACAUGAAUGCGUUGCUGUGGUGGUUUGUUUCAAACGGGUUGGCUUUUUGGUGUAUUACUCCAGAGCAAGAAAAAGGGCACAAGGUCACCUACGGAUAUAACCAGCCAAUGUUCAAGGCCCCCGUCGAGUCGAAAAUGUCUGUAGAGUUCUGAGACCACCACCUCAGGUGUCUGAGAAGGAACCCCUUGACGGCGCCUGGACUGUCGAGCGGUGCAGGCAUAUCCGGGACGUUGGCGAGGGCGAGGGCGGCGAAGAAGCCACCACACGCAAACCGGUACGUCAGGGACCUUCCGAAGGGGAUCGCCGCGCCUGUACAUGCAGACUCCCGAGUUAGCCUCUGCACACCCCACCAGCUAUACAAUUUCCAAUUUCCGAAUUGGGUUUCCUACCAUCAGCGUCAAAGUAGCGCCAAAACUCGCUCCCAAAGUCCCGCGCCCGCUGCUUGUAGACCUCGGCCCUCUCCGGAUCCAAAUCCGCCGCGAACCGCACAUAAAGCAGCUGGCUGAACUGAAUGGCAAAGCUGCCCGAGUAGUAGUCCACCUGCCUGCCAGCACCCACCUCCUCGUCCACCCUCCUCCCCUUGCCCCUCCCCUCCCGCUCCGCCCCGGCAGGUAGCCACGGCCCAUCGGCGCUCCAGCCGUCCCGCCGAUAAAACCCAUCCAGCACCGCCAGGUCCGCCUGCAUCUCGCGCCGAAGCAAUUCAGCCUCGCCGCCCGACGCGCCGCACACUUUGAUCAGCGCCAGCUCCGACAGCACGCGGAACCAGCGCCAGUUGUUGAGCGGCAUGGGCUUGCCGACCAUGCCGCGCAGCCAGUUUGCCACGUUGGUCCGGGAGCGCGCAUCGAGCGCCCCGUAUAGUCUGUCCGGGGCGGCCAGCAGUGCGAAGCUGACAAUCUCGGCCUCAACCAUGCGCUGGUCCGUGGGGGAGAUGGCGCCCCAGUACUCGUCGUGCUCCGGGUCCGUCCCGGCUGCGAGGCCGGUGAUCCAUGGCUGCAGCAGCGAGUCGAGGUCUUCGGUCGAGUUGUCGCCGCGGAGGAGGGCGCCGACGGCCCAGAGAGGCCGCGCAAAGCCCUCUAGCUGGGCGGCGGUUUCGUCAAAGUGCGUCCCUGUCGCUGGCGAUAGGCGGAUGCGGGCAUGAGAGGGCGAGAAGAAUGGGUGGAGGGGUUUGAGGAGGGCGGUUGUGCCGGUUAAAAAGUCGGCGCGUGUAAGCCAGGGGUUGUCUGUGAACCCGGCGAGGGGCGGCAUGGUGUCCUGCUAGGCUUUUCCUUGGUGCAAUGUGUGUUUGUGUGUGUAUGUGGCUGUUAUUUAGUACAGAGUGGAAGCCUAGGUACCCAAGGUAGGUAGUCACUCUAUGCAGUUGUGAAGACCAAGCUUCAGGUCAUGCUGCUAUAAUGACCCCUGGUCUACAACUACUCUAGAACUAGUAUUCAUUCACAUCGGAGCGUCUACCGUGCGGGGUCUAAGAUUUGGAGAUGUAUGCACUCCUCUUUCCAUUUGCUCUUCUGACCCCGCCUGCAACACGAAGAUCUGAGCUUUUGCCGCCGGGUCAAGAUGGACCGAAAGGUGAAAGCAUUAGGCAGGUGGGAGAGGUAGGUAGGUUCAUGCAUCAAUGGCAUCAUUCUCAAAUCCGAGACUACACGACGAACCGCCCACCACCACCAUGACUGGAGCCGACUUUGGCAUCUCCAAGCGCUUCAACCCCCCCCCCCCC